AUGGCUACUACUGUCCAGCAAAACGGACAGGUUAGGUUUGGUAUUACAGAACCUAUCUCUUUAGGAGGACCAACGAAGCUCGACGUAAUCAAGACAAAAGCCCUAGAGAAGUACUUGCAAGACGCUGGAUUAUACGAAACCAACGAGGAAGCUCUUAGAAGAGAAGAGGUUCUUGGGAGACUAGACGAGAUUGUCAAAACAUGGAUCAAAAAAAUAAGCCGUGACAAAGGGUUAAGCGAUGAGACGAUUGAACAAGCCAACGCCAAGAUAUUCACUUUCGGUUCUUACCGGUUAAAAGUGCAUGGACCUGGUGCUGAUAUAGACACUCUAUGUGUUGGUCCAAGAUACGCAACUAGAGGCAAUUGUUUCUUUGGAGAGUUGCAUAGAAUGCUUUCUGAGUUGCCUGAAGUGACUGAGCUCCACUCUGUUCCUGAUGCUUAUGUUCCCUUGAUGGGUUUCAAACUUAACGGAGUUUCUAUUGAUCUUCUCUACGCAAAGCUUCCUUUGUGGAUUAUACCUGAGGAUUUGGAUUUAUCGAAAGAUUCGAUUCUAGAGAAUGCUGAUGAGCAGACUGUUCGAAGUCUCAACGGUUGUAGAGUUACAGACCAGAUCUUUCGCUUGGUUCCUAACAUUCAGAGUUUCAGGACAACGUUGAGAUGCAUUAGGUUUUGGGCCAAGAAGCGUGGUGUUUACUCUAACGUCUCUGGCUUUCUUGGUGGUAUAAACUGGGCGUUGCUUGUAGCUAGGAUCUGUCAGCUUUAUCCUAACGCCUUGCCAAACAUGUUGGUGUCUCGGUUCUUUAGGGUUUACACUCAAUGGCGUUGGCCCAAUCCUAUUCUUCUUUGCUCUAUAGAUGAUGAGGGAUCAUAUUCCUUAGGUCUUCAAGUUUGGGAUCCUAGAAGAAACCCUAAAGAUUGUUUGCACAAGAUGCCUAUCAUUACUCCUGCUUAUCCUUGUAUGAACUCAAGUUACAAUGUCUCUGCAAGUACGUUGAGGAUUAUGACUGGGGAGUUUCAGAGAGGGAAAGAUAUAUGUGAGGCUAUGGAAGCAAAGGAAGCUGAUCAAUGGGAUACUCUCUUUGAGCCGUUUGGGUUCUUUGAAGCGUAUAAGAACUAUCUUCAGAUCAACAUCUCUGCUUCUAAUGUGGAGAAUCUGAAAAAAUGGAGAGGAUGGGUUGAGUCACGUUUCAGACAGCUGACGUUGAUGAUUGAGAGACAUACUUAUGACAUGCUUCAGUGCCACCCUCAUCCACGUGGUUUCCAAGAAGAUUCAAGACCGCUACAGUGCUCUCUAUUCAUGGGUCUGCAACGUAAACAAGGAGUUCCAGCAGCAGGAGGCAAGCCGUUUGAUAUUAGAAGAACCAUUGAGGAGUUUAAGAACACUGUUUACGGUUACAUGUUGUUCGUCCCUGGGAUGGAGGUUAGUGUCAGCCAUGUAAUGAGAAGAAACAUACCUAGCUUUGUGUUUCCUGGUGGAGUUAGACCUUUGCGUAAGUCAAAAGGAACAUGGGACAGCAAACGAAGUUCAGAGGAGAGAGUUUCUUCUACAGGAAGUUCAUCUACUAUUACUAGUCUUGAAAAUAAAGCCGUGAAGAAGAGAAAGUUGGGAGAUGAUGAGACACUUACCGAUCAGUCAAGGAACUCAAAACGUGUUGCAGUUUCAGUGCAUUUAGAGAAAGGUGAAGAUGGGAGUCCCAAUUCAUCUGUUGAAUCCAUUUGUUCAGCUCCUAUGAAAGAUGAUUGUUCAAAAGGUGCCGGAGAGAGUCAUCUAGUGGAGAAGAAAGCCACUCCUCAAGCUUCGCAUUGUCAAGAAAGUGAGGAGGUUGAAGACAACUUUGGUUUCAGAAAUCAAGUGGUUAAGCAGGUUUCAGUCUCAGCCAUUACUUCAAAUGGUUCAUCAUUAUCCAAUGGAGCAGUGGAAGUGGAAGAACUCGAAGAUGUUUUAGUGCAACAGCCCGUGGUGACACAUAAAGCUUCAGUGCAGCAGAGAAAGCCAAUAAUCAAGUUGAACUUCACGUCUCUAGGCACAACCAAUGCCAAGAAUAUCAGAGCUUGUUGA